CAUUGGCUAAAGUUGGUGUUGACUUACAGUCCUCAGCGUCCCUCGCUGGCUGAUGGGAGAGAGAACGCCUUGCCCGGUCCCCCGGGUCAACUCUCUACAUUUUAAACAGAGUCGAGACCGAGGCAGUCGUUUACUCACGGAGGCCUCCGCGUCGCGCUGAACCUCAGGGUGUAGGGACGCAGAACCGCUGAUGGAGCCCGGAACGAUGUCUCCGCGGAACCUUUGAGACAAAGCGUCGGGGGAGCUCUUUGAGGAACGGACCGCGGCGGGCUCGGCGCGACCGGCAGGGAUGGCGGCGGGGACGACGGACGCGCGGCCGGGGGCCGCCGUCGCUUUGGAGCUGAAACGCGAGCGGCGCAUGGUGUGUGUGGAGUACCCCGGCGUGGUGCGCGACGUGAACAAGAUGCUGUCCACUCUGGGCGGCGAGGAAGGCGUCUCUCGAAGCUACACGGACCCCACCAAGAGGCUGGAGCUGUACUUCCGGCCCAAGGACCCGUACUGCCACCCGGUGUGCGCCAACCGCCUCAGCGCCAGCAGCCUGCUGCUCCGCGUGCGGAGGAGGACGCGGCGGCCGGGGGCCGGCGCGCAGCCCGAGAUCACGUUCGACAUGGAGGUGGUCGGCAUCGUCCCUGUCGUCUACAAGUUCCAGGGAAUGUCCGACUUCCAGUACUUGGCUGUGCACACGGAGGCGGGCGGGAGGCCCAGGUCCAUGUAUGACAAGUUGCUCAUGCUGAAGCCGGAGAAGGAGGGCUUCUUCCACCAGGAGCUGCCGCUCUACAUCCCCCCGCCCAUCUUCUCUCGCCUGGACACCCCGGUGGACUACUUCUACCGGCCAGAGACACAGCACCGGGAAGGCUACAACAACCCCCCGCUCUCGGGCGAGAACCUCAUUGGCUUGAGCAGGGCCCGGCGCCCCCACAACGCCAUCUUUGUCAACUUUGAGGAUGAAGAGGUGCCCGUGCAGCCGCUGGAGGCCGCGGUGCAGACCUGGAGGAAGGUGUGCAGCAACCCUGUGGAUCAGAAGACAGAGGGGGGGCUGCGGAAGCUGUUCGACGUCCGUCCCAUCUGGUCCCGGAACGCCGUCAAGGCCAACAUCAGCAUCCACCCCGACAAGCUCAAGAUCCUGCUUCCCUUGAUAGCCUAUUACAUGAUAACAGGCCCCUGGAGAAGCCUGUGGAUCCGAUUCGGGUACGACCCCCGCAAGCACCCGGAUGCCAAAGUUUAUCAAGUGCUUGAUUUCCGAAUCCGCUGUGGAAUGAAAUACGGUUACGCCCCCGGUGACAUGCCUGUCAAAGCAAAGCGCAGCGCCUACAACUACAGCCUCCCCAUCACCGUCAAAAAGACGGCCAGCCAGCUCAUCACCACGCACGAGCUGAAGCAGGACGCGGGCCCGUCCGGGACGGCUGACCCACAGAAAUCCGCCUCCAACAAAUACAAGCUCAAGGACUCCGUCUACAUCUUCCGGGAGGGGGCCCUGCCGCCCUAUCGACAGAUGUUCUACCAGCUGUGCGACCUGAACGUGGACGAGCUGCAGAGGAUCAUCCACCGCAACGACGGCGCCGAGAGCCUGUGCACGGAGCGGGACGGCUGGUGCCUCCCCAAGACCAGCGACGAGCUGCGGGACACCAUGUCGCUCAUGGUCUGGCACACCAUCCGUGCCAGGAGGCCUGCCCUCUUCUCCAGCCCUGCCAAGGCUGACAGCGGCAAGGAGCAGCUGACCUACGAGUCCGGGGAGGAGGAGGAGGACGAGGAAGAGGAGGAGGAGGAAUUCAAGCCGUCGGACGGCAGUGAGAACGAGAUGGAGACGGAGAUUCUGGACUAUGUGUGACGAGGCCCAGGGCCCAAGGCUGGACUGCCCCGGCCAGGGCUGCUGUCAGGGUGAUGUGGCGGCUGGGGCAGGCCGUGGCUGCCAGUGCCACCCAUGGGAGUCAGAAGGGCCCCAGGGGUCCCUCAGCAAAGGGUGCAGCUGGCCCUGGCUGUGACCUGCUCUGUGGGGCCACUGGCCCUGGGUGGCUGGGGACACCCUUGGCCCUGAGCACCCUGACCAGCGCCUCGUGGGCUGAGGCGGCAGACAUGGUGUAGCUGGCACUGAGCCCAGUCUUAGCUUGACCUUGUGGUGCUGGUGGCAGAGAGCCUGGGGAGCCAGGUUCACCUGUGGUCACAGACGGCCAGGGACCGUGCGUGGCUCUGGGUCCCAUUCUUUGGCAAAAGCCAGGCCCAGCUGGAGGUGUCCUGGACUGAAUCAGUGUUCCCGAGAAGUCAGUGUCUCCGGCCAGGGCUGGAGCCACAGGCGCGUUUCCUCAGGCCCCGGGGACAGCCUCAUUUGUCUCCUGCUAGCAGUGGGGGACAGUUGGGGUCAGGCCUGUGUCGCCCUCUGAGGACAGCUGGGAGCCACCCCAGGCCCAGACCUUGUCCUGACUGCUCCAGGUGGGUGAGCUCCGUUUUCUCACGGCUUUGCCGGGUGAAACCACAGAGACCUGACCGUUGCCAAGCCCACUGCCCUGGACUGCACCAGAGACGGGCCACCCGUCCCCUGGCGUCUAGUGACCCCAAGACCCUUCAGCGGCUUGCAGUGCAGAACCGGGUCAUGGCGCUGCUGUGGCCAGAUGCCUCAGGCCAGCCCUGUCCUGUCGGGCGCCCCACAAGACCAGGGGUCCCGGGAUCACCAGCACUGGAAGUGGCCGGCCCUGGGGACCGACCUCGUAGAGGGAAGCAGGCCAGCUGAUGACCCCGAUAGCCUGCAGAGAAGCCAGCCCAGCAGCGGGAAGCAGCUGUGGCCUGAAGCGAGCUGGCCCAGGCCUCGCCCCGCGUCCCACUUCCUGUCCCGGGGGUUUCCCUUGGGAGCAGCUGCGUCCUCGCUGCAGCUCUGCUGCGCCUGUGCCUGCGGGAGCCUCAGAGGGAGGGUGGCCAGGUUCUGGGCCCACCCCAGGGGCCACCUUGGUUCUGUGAGCCUGAGAAAGGUGGGCAGGGGCAUGGGACGCCCCGCCCAGAGCCCAGGGCAGGGCUGGGUCCCGGCUCCCGGGGUCUACCCGAUGUCACACGGUCCGCGCUUCCUCUCAGCCGAGGUCCCAGGAAGCACCGGGCAUUUCCUGUCGAGCCCAGCUGUCCGUCUCCGGGCGUCAUGGCCACAGUUGCUGUGUCUGCUCCCUCACGUCUCUGGUUCCCUGUGUGUGUUUCGCUGAAAUUAAAGUAAUUCCCACACGCAA